AUGAACGUCACCCAGGUGUUGGAGGGCACCCUGUCGCCAGAUGCGACCACGCGUCAGAGCGCUGAGCAGCAGCUGCUCCAUGCCGCUGAAGUUGACUUUCCCGCCUACCUGAUCACACUGUCCGAAGGCCUCGCAAACGAAGAGUCCCCGAGCCACAUCCGCAUUGCUGCUGGGUUAGCGUUGAAAAACUCGCUCACAUUCCGAGACAUUGCCAGGCUGCGAGAGGUGCAAGUUCGAUGGGCGCAGCAGGUCCCGCAACCCACAAAAACCCAAGUGAAGACACUUUCCUUACAGACACUAAACGCGAAAGAUGUUCGUGCUGGUCACUCGGCCGCACAGGUUAUCACCGCCAUCGCCUCGAUCGAGCUCCCCCGCAAUGAGUGGCCCGAGUUGAUGCAAACUUUGGUACAGAAUGUUGGAAGCGGCACAGAUGCUCUGAAGCAGUCUUCUUUGGCUACUCUGGGCUUCAUUUGCGAGGAGAAGGAUGCUGAUAUGCGCACUGCGUUGUCUUUGCAUUCAAACGCUAUUCUCACUGCUGUUGUUCAGGGUGCGAGACGGGAUGAGGCAAACCCUGAUGUGCGGAAUGCCGCCCUGCAGGCUUUGGCCGAUGCCACAGAUUUUAUCGGAAGCAACAUGGGUAAUGAAGGAGAGCGGAACUAUAUCAUGCAGGUGGUCUGUGAGGCCACCCAGGCCGAAGACACACGCAUCCAGGCAGGUGCCUUCGGAUGUCUUAACCGUAUUAUGGCUACCUAUUAUGACAAGAUGCGUUUCUACAUGGAGAAAGCCUUAUUUGGCCUCACAAUUAUGGGUAUGAAGCAUGAUGAAGAGGAUGUUGCCAAGUUGGCUAUCGAGUUUUGGUGCACUGUGUGUGAGGAAGAAAUCACCAUUGAGGACGACAACGCCGGAACUCACGAUUCUUCCAUGUUGCGGCCAUUCUUUAACUUUGCCAGGAUUGCUUGCCGCGAGGUUGUUCCGGUUCUCCUGCAAUUGAUGACCAAGCAGGACGAAGAUGCCACCGAUGACGAAUACAAUGUCUCGCGUGCUGCAUACCAAGCUUUACAGCUUUAUGCUCAGUGUGUUCAAGGCGACAUCAUCCAGCCAGUCCUUACAUUUGUCGAGGAAAAUAUCAAAAACGAGGACUGGCACCGUCGUGAUGCCGCCGUCGCGUCUUUCGGUGCAAUCAUGGAUGGCCCUGAGAUCGAUGUUCUCGAGCCGCUCGUUAAACAAGCUCUUCCAGUUCUUCUUGGUAUGAUGGAAGACCAGUCCGUCGUUGUGCGUGACUCGACUGCUUUUGCCCUAGGCAAGAUUUGCGAAGCUUGCCCAACUGGCGUGGAUACCGAUGUCCACCUCCAGCCUUUGAUCUCCGCCCUCUUCAACGGCUUGGCGAGCACCCCCAAGAUUGCCGGCUCUUGCUGUUGGGCUCUUAUCAGCAUUGCUGAAAACUUUUCUUUGCAAGGUGACAGCCAAACAAAUCCGUUGUCCAAGUACUUCCAAGAGAGCGUCAAGAACUUGCUUGCUCUCACAGAACGCCACGACACCGAGAACCAGCUUCGAACUGCUGCCUACGAAGUGCUCAACGCGUGGGUCAUUAACUCGGCCAACGACAGCCUUCAAAUGGUUGCCAGUCUUUCUGAUGUUAUUCUUCAACGACUCGAACAGACUGUUCCUUUGCAGCAACAAGUUGUCAGUGUUGAGGAUCGUAUUGCCCUCGAAGAGAUGCAGUCGAGCUUGACAGUCGUGCUUUUGGCUAUCGUCCAGCGUCUCGAAGGAGAGAUCAAACCCCAGGCGGACCGUAUCAUGCAUGUUCUGCUUCAGGUUCUCUCUACUCUGCCUCCCAAAUCCAGUGUCCCCGAUAUUGUGUUUGCCGCGGUCGGUGCCGUGGCCAGCGCUCUUGAAGAUGACUUCCUCAAGUACAUGGAAUCCUUCACUCCCUUCCUGUACAAGGCUCUCCAGAACCAUGAAGAGCCUGGUCUUUGCGCAAUCGGAGUUGGCUUGAUCGGCGAUAUAACCCGUGCAUUGAACGAUAAGGUCCAACCUUUCUGUGAUACAUUCAUGAAUCAAAUGCUUAGCAUUCUGACGAACAGCGGUCUUCGGGAUACGCUCAAGCCCUCCGUGCUUGUGACUUUCGGCGACAUUGCCCAGGCUAUUGGCACGUCUUUUGAGACCUAUCUAUCGGUCGUCGCUCAAGUCCUUCAACAGGCUUCUAGUGUCACCCUCGCUAAUGAUGUUGACACUGACACCGUGCAAUACGUCAUUUCUCUCCGUGAGGGUAUUAUGGAUGCUUGGGGUGGAAUACUUCUGGCGUACAAGGCUGCCCCUCAAAUUGCCUCCCUUCAACCAUAUGUGGAAUCCAUCUUCCAACUGUUGCACAUUAUCUCGCAAGAGGCCCAUCGUAGUGAAGGUCUCAUGCGAUCUAGCAUGGGUGUUCUAGGUGACCUUGCGGAUUCUUUCCCCAAUGGCGAGUUUGCAGCAUUCUUCCGCAAUGACUGGGUGACAUCCUUCGUUCGGGAAGUCCGAACCAGCCCCCAUUAUGGCUCGCGGACCCUCGACACUGCUCGCUGGGCACGUGAACAGGUUAAGCGACAGAUCAGCCUGGCAACUGCUGCCGCCAUGUCGUGA